CAUUUGUAGCAGCGCUGGAGGCAGCGUUCGGCAGGCGCUGCGGCGACGUGAGGAGGAGCGCGCCCCCCGGCCGCUGCCGCCCCUGGCCCCUGCGGUCCUCCCGCUCCUCCGCGCCUCGGGCGGGACCCGGCCAGCCCGGGCGCCGCGCUGCCGCCCGGAGCGGCCCUCCCGGCAGCUCCCGGCGCCCGGGACCCCCGCCCGCCGCUCGCCCGCAGCCCGCCGGCCGCACACGUCCCCGGAGCCGGGCCUAGGGCGGGCGGCGGCUCGGCGUGGCCGGGCGGGCUCGGCGGCGUCCCCAUGGCCGCGGCCGGCUGGCGGGACGGCUCCGGCCAGGAGAAGUACCGGCUCGUGGUGGUCGGCGGAGGCGGCGUGGGCAAGUCGGCGCUCACCAUCCAGUUCAUCCAGUCCUAUUUUGUGACGGAUUAUGACCCAACCAUCGAGGAUUCCUACACAAAGCAGUGUGUGAUAGAUGACAGAGCAGCCCGGCUAGAUAUUCUGGAUACAGCAGGACAAGAAGAGUUUGGAGCUAUGAGAGAACAGUAUAUGAGAACCGGCGAGGGUUUCCUGUUGGUCUUUUCAGUCACAGAUCGAGGCAGUUUUGAAGAAAUCUAUAAGUUUCAAAGACAGAUUCUCAGAGUGAAGGAUCGGGAUGAGUUUCCAAUGAUUUUAAUUGGUAAUAAAGCAGAUCUGGAUCAUCAAAGACAGGUAACACAGGAAGAAGGACAACAGUUAGCACGACAGCUUAAGGUAACAUACAUGGAGGCGUCAGCAAAGAUUAGGAUGAAUGUAGAUCAAGCUUUCCAUGAACUUGUCCGGGUUAUAAGGAAAUUUCAAGAGCAGGAAUGUCCUCCUUCACCAGAACCAACACGGAAAGAAAAAGACAAGAAAGGCUGCCAUUGUGUCAUUUUCUAAGAAUCCCUUGAAUUUUAGCUACCAACUGCCAGGAAAAGCCCUCAUCGUCUCCUCCUCUCCUUAUAGUUUACAUCACAUCGUGUUGGUACCUUUCUAGCCUUAGAUACAAAUGAUCACCGUGGUAGCCUUAGACCAAGAAGCUGGCUAAUCCUUUCCGUGAAGCUAAUCCUAUGGUCAUUUCAAGACACAUUUAAAGGAAACACUAAGGCUGCUUCAAAGAUUAUCUGAUUUCUUAAAAAUAAUGAUCUAUAUACAUAGACAUAUUCUUUUUUAAGGGCUUACAUUUUAAUAGGGAUGAAUCAGUUUUGGAACCUAAGCUGUUUGCCAAGCUGAAGUCAUAGGUUGUGAAAUUAACUUUUAACUUCUGGAAUCAUAUUGCCUAUUGUUACUCUAAAUAGAAACAUGAGUUGUUUUUAAAUGUGAAUUUUUGCCUAUCUCUAAAAAUUUUGAUGUCAACUUUAGUUAACCUUAAGUACACUGAAUUGAAUCCACAGAAGUGAGACAUCUCAGACCUUUGCUGAUGCUACAGCCUUUGUUUUCCAGUGGCCAAAAUACCAAAAUGCCUGUUAUGUUUAUAGAUUAAAAACUGCGUAUAAAGCCUUUAUUACAGCUCCACUCCUAAAGAUGAUAAUAAUGUUCUUUGUGGCCAAAUAUUUGGACUUAUUCUGCAUUUAGGCAUUUCAAUGUUCUUGGCUUUUUAAGUUAACUCUUUUCACAGCCAUGUUGAGAGUAAAAAUAAAUAAUUUCUGUCUGUCUUCCUUUUCAAGUAUUUCUGGAUAAGGGAUUCAAAAAAAAACUAAAACUGUUUUUGUUUGUAAUAUAAAAUAUGGAAUUGAUCUUUCCGGGGUCAGAGAUGAUUAAUGUUUUUGCUAUAUACUUUUAUACAUUAUUUUCUUAUCAAACUAGUUAACAAGUAUUUUUAUAUGUUUGUAAGCAAAUAUGCUUUCACAGCAUACCUUGUGUAUAUGUAAAGAUAAGUAUUUAAUUCUCACUGUUCACUUUUAACUGACAAAGAAAAAAACAGUGAAAACUACAGAAACUGUGGUAGAGCUGUCCUUGCCAUCCCGGUCCUGGUCCUGGUGGCUCCCGCCUUUGGCCAGUCACACACCUGCUUGAGAAACCUCCUCCGUAGAUGACAACAGGGUGAGAAUCUGAAGUCACUUGUGAUGUCCCGUACUAGGUAUUGACUGUUCUAUCAAGUAGUAAGUGUAAAACUUCUCUUUGACGAUUAGUAUAACUGUGGAUGGCUUCUGAUUUUUGUUUUUAAUUUUGUGGAUUGUGUUUCAACAAUUCAGAAGUAUGUUCCUGAUGGUGAGAUACUAAGUGGUAUUGCACGGUUGUCACUUUAUUGAAUGUGUACAACAGCCCCGUGAAGUUGAUAAAGCGUACCCUUGUAUAGCUUCAGGUGCUAGAAUUAAAACUGAUCUGUUAUCACAAGAGAA